AUGUUGAUUCCAUUUAUUUUACUAGCUAUUGGUUUAACAUUUUUAGCACUCAUUUUUACAGUAUUUUGGUUAUUAAAAGUUUCAGGACUUUUCGCCUCAAUUAAAAUAAAAAUUACUCAACCAACUUUUGAGUUUUUAACAAUUGCUUAUAAAUUUCAACAGGGUGAUUAUUCUCAAUCAGCCGAUAUAUUUCGAGAUAUUCUUAAUUAUUCACCAUCGCAUUCAACUAUUGGAAUUUAUUAUGAUAAACCAGAUGUUACGCCAGUUGAACAACGACGCUCUAUAGUUGGUGUUAUCGUCGAUGAAACAAAAGAUCAAGAAAUGAUUGAACGAAUGAAAAAAGAUGAUUACAAAAUUUUUAAACUUCCAAAAUCAGUGCAAUCAGUCUAUACAACAUUUCCAUUUAAUAGUGUUUUUUCUGUUUCUAUUGCAAGUAUGCGAGUACCUUCUCGUUUAGCAAAUUUUAUCGAGUCAAAUAAAUUAGAUGCUCAUCCCUUAAUUGAGGUUUACGAACCGACGUUAAUUCAUUAUUUUGUACCUUUAAGUAAUUAUGAAGAUUAUAAUGUUCCUGAAUUGAUUUCAUCACCACCACCAGCUUCUAAAGAAUAA